UUUGAAUGCGAUAAACGUAUUACAAUCGAACCAAACGCUUCGUUUCAAGCGGACGUAUAGUUCUACACUUUGUAAUUAUUUCGCACUGGCUGGAUUUAAAAACUUUGCACGACUUUUAUGAAUAAACAGUUUUACUUUUUAAUUAAUUACUUACCUAUGAACGUGUAAUAUUACACUGCUAGAAUGUCGUAAUAUAUUCUCAAGUGCUGAGUUGUAUAGUGAGUGAGUGCUGCAGAUAGCUGGCUAUAGAGUGAUCGCGUCAACGAAUUGUUUUCUAUUUGGCGCGGCAUAAACAUGGCUCUCUCUCAGUCCAAAAGUUCGCUUAGUCCGGACUAUGUUUACAACCAGCUAGAAAACGGAUUGUCCAAAAGGGUCGAGAUUUCUGGUCUAGAAUCGAAUAUUCCAAUCGAUCAUGCUGACGUGAAGAAGCCAACUUUGACCCACCUUCCUAAAAGACUACCGGUGCAUAUUGAGUUCUCCGAUCUGUCAUACUCGGUAUAUGGAGGCCGGAAAAAAGGGUACAAGGUACUCCUUAAGUCAAUAAAUGGCUCGUUCCGUUCUGGAGAGCUCACUGCUAUCAUGGGCCCUUCUGGAGCGGGGAAGAGUACUUUGAUGAACAUCGUAGCGGGCUACAAGACCUCCAACGUUCAUGGCACCGUAUUAAUAAAUGGCAGCGAAAGAAACCAGAGAACAUUUAGAAAACUAUCAUGCUACAUAAUGCAAGAUGACUGCCUCUUACCACAACUAACAGUACAAGAGGCGAUGGACGUGUCGGCCAAUUUGAAGUUGGGCAAAAACGUAUCCGCGUCGACCAAAACAACAGUGAUCCAAGAAAUCCUUGAUAUGUUAAGCCUUGCAGACAAUAGGAAUACCAGAACAAUAAAUCUUUCUGGUGGACAGAAAAAACGUCUGUCAAUAGCUUUGGAAUUAGUUAAUAAUCCGCCUGUGAUGUUUUUUGAUGAGCCUACAUCUGGUUUAGACAGCUCAUCGUGUUUCCAGUGCGUGUCGUUACUCAAACUGUUGGCUAGAGGGGGGAGAACUGUCAUAUGCACGAUACAUCAGCCGUCUGCAAGGCUAUUCGAGAUGUUUGAUUAUCUGUACACGUUAGCUGAAGGGCAAUGUAUUUAUCAAGGGAAGGUUAACGACUUAGUACCAUUUUUAUCAUCUGUGGGACUUCAUUGUCCAAGCAGCUACAAUCCGGCUAAUUACAUGAUAGAAGUGGCAUCUGGCGAAUAUGAUGUCCUAUGGGUGCAACGAUUAGCAGCAUUAAUCGAAGAAAAAUAUAUACUCGAGAAAGAGAAAUAUAAACGACCAGUUAUACACACGGCAUCCUCAGAGAGAUUCCCAAAAAAACCUAUCGUUUAUCCUACGUCUGGAUUGGAACAGUUUUGGAUUCUGCUAAAGAGAUCCUUCAAGAGUACACUUCGAGACCAGACGUUGACGCAUUUAAGGCUAUGUUCUCAUGCUGUUAUAGGACUGUUAUUAGGAUUACUAUGUUUUGACAUCGGCUCCGAUGCUGCGAAAGUUAUAAGCAACAUGGGUUGUCUGUUUAUAGUUGUUCUUUUCACUAUGUUCAGCGCGUUGAUGCCGACUAUUCUAAUAUUUCCAACAGAGAUGAAAGUAUUCUUAAAAGAGCAUUUAAAUUACUGGUAUUCGCUGAAAUCAUUCUAUUUAGCGAAGACGAUGGCAGAUCUACCAUUUCAGAUCGUGUUCACUAUUAGCUUCGUAACCACCGUUUACUUCAUGACAGGCCAACCGAUGGAAACCCACCGGUUAGUGAUGUUUCUCAUCAUCAAUAUACUGACAGCUGUAGUGGCACAAUCCAUUGGUCUACUCAUAGGAGCCGCACUAGACGUCGAAACGGCAACGUACAUCGGACCAAUCACGACAUUACCCGUGGUAUUAUUCGCUGGAUUCUUCAUCAAAUUGAACGACAUACCGACGGUAUUCAAAUGGAUACCUUAUAUAAGCUACAUAAGGUACGGUUUUGAAGGGACAAUGCUUGCUAUAUACGGGUACGAGGGAAAAACUCGCAAGCAAAGAGUGCAACAUCGUGGAUUGCAUUAUCACCACUCCGAAAAUGCUUUUGGAGAAAAUGGCGAUGAAUAAUGCGAAUUUUUGGGUCGACGCAGGCAUCUUGGUAGCGCUGUUUAUUGUUAUUAGAAUUAUAGCUUACUUCGUGUUAAGAUUUAAGUUGAAAAUGAUGCAGUAAUUAAUGAAAUUAUGUGACAAAUUUUUGGAUAAUAUUACCAUUGCACUAUCCAGCUAAACAUGGCCGUUUUCAUGGCUCUGUCUGUCCCGCAAAAGAAGGAUCUUAUUAACGAAUUGUAUAAUGUUGUAAAUAUAAUUUUCAGUUGGACUAAAAUAUUUUCUGGAUUUUCCACAUGAUUGGUUUUGAACGGUUAUAAGUUUGACUAUAUAUUAAAUGUAAUUACUAAGUAUUGUUAUGUAAAACAAAAUAUAUCUGUAUAAUUAC